AUGCAACAAUACCUCUCGCAAAAACUUGCACAAAUCGAGAACGCAAUUCAAAGUUCCCGACAAAAACGAUCAGUCUCUCCGAUUUCCGCUUCAUUGCCUAAUCGAGAAUCAGCAGGCUUCCUAAGUAGAAUUGGCGCCAUCAAGAAAUCAUUGGAAGAAGCGAAACAGAUUUCGAACAACAUCACUGCCUCGGUAGCUCCGACAAGUGAGAAUUUGGAUGGUCCACUGUUACCGCAAGCAGAUGUGCCCUCACCAAAGUUUGAAUCAGGAAAAUUUCAACAUAUCAAUGACUCGUUAACUACAUGCAAAAAAUUAUCUCAACCUGAAUUGGUAGCAGAGCUGAAACAAAAAGGAACAUACAACCCAGAACUCAUGGCUUGGGAUGCUCUUGGAGUAAUUCGAUUUUUAGACAGGACUAUCCAUGAACACUAUCAAAAAGGAUCAGCAAAAAACAAAUCGAAAACAGAAGUGAUUGAAAGAAAUGUUGAAGCACUUGAAAAACUCAUGCGAGAGUUGAAUGUAACGUGUGAUUUGAAAACCGAUGAAUUACGGACUAAAUUUAACAACAUAUCAUUCGUCGAUCCCCGCAGAACAAUUUUCUCUCCAUCCUUACGUCGUUCCAAGCGAAUGGAUAGCCUUGAAGAGUUCCUGAAAGUUCUCAACGUGACGCAACCAGAUAUUGAACCGUUCUCCCGCUUAUCAGAUCAGCCAUUAUCAAUUGAAAACGAGAGGAUUACGUACAGGCAGAAGUUGAUAGGGGAAUCCCAUAUCGUGCCAUUCGGAUGUGAUAAACGAGGAGCGGAAGAGGACGGCUACCUGCGUCUCUGUGGUGCUUGCCAGGCAAUCCGCCGUUUGCCUGACACUUUCUUCCCUCCAUUUAUCAAUGAAGUGACAUGCGACACUGAUAAGGCGUGCCUAUAUUUCUAUGACUAUCCACAUGGAAAGUGCCGGCAGAAGCAUAUGAAUUUUGUGGUACUCCGAAAUGUGGGUACCAAGGAGUGCCAAGUCUGGAAAAAGUUCAAUCUGAAUGUGAGGGUGUCUUGUGAAUGUUUUGUUGACGAGAUGUCGUUCUUCGCCAAAUAUGUAUAA